CACUAACCCAGGAUCAUGUGGCUUGCAGCAGGUAGUGCUUUACUGCUGCUGGCGGCGGCGGUGGCCGCGCACGCGCAGCUCGACUCCGCCGUGCCCGUCACCUCACCCAUACCGGAUGAUAGAAGUUCAGCGAGUUCUGCGGAGGAACGCACUGGAUUCGGUCCGUCGCUUCUGCCCUCCUUAGGACCUGGAUUAGUUUCUUCUGAAUACCUCAACGACAACGAUGAACGAUGCACUCAAGAAGGCGACAUGUACUACGUUCGCAGCUUGCAAGACGGGUGCAUGGUCUGCGCGUGCUUUGGCAGCGUCUUCCACCUAUAUUCCAAGUGCGCACCCUGCAACCGCUGCCCGUGGGUUACACCAGUAAUUGGUCCGCCCCCAGGUGGAGUCAGUGUUGUACACGGUCCGAUACCAGGAGAGUAUCACCCCAUUCCAGGAAUCGUGCCAAACUAUGGUCCUGAGCCGCCAUUCAUACCAGAAUAUCAACCGCUUCCAGCACCCUUGCCGGACUUUAGUCCCUUGCCACCAUCAAUACCUGACUAUGCGCCAUUCCCAGGACCAAUCCCUGUUUUUGGUCCUGUACCGGGCCCUGCUCCUGAACUAGAAUUUGGUCCUUUGCCUAUUCCGUCUAUUCCAGGGCCUAUUUCCAUACCGGACUUCGAACCUAGGCCUGUAUUACCAGACUACUUCGACCUGUCUCCAAAAGUAAUACCAGAUAGCCCACCAGGAAUACUCCCGGUUCCACCACCGCUGCAACCACUGCCGCUUCCGCUCCCGGUGCCGUUUGGUCCAGUGCCUAUUGGUCCAGUUCCGAUUGGUCCAGUGCCUAUUGGUCCAGUUCCGAUUGGUCCAGUUCCGGUUGGUCCAGUUCCGAUUGGUCCAGUUCCGGUUGGUCCAGUUCCGAUUGGUCCAGUUCCGAUUGGUCCAGUUAUUGGCCCAGGCCCGAUUAAUCUAGUUCCGAUUGGUCCAGGGCCGAUCGGUCCAGUCCCCAUUGGACCGCCUGACCAUUGGCCGCCGGUACCGCAGCCGUUCCCAUCGAUUGUCCCGCCGCAGCCUGAUUGUCCGCCGCCGAUUGUGAUUCCUGGCCCUGUGCGUCCGUACCCUGUGCCAGUGCCAGUACCUGGUCCGCGCGUAUUGGUGCCUGUACGGGUAUUGGUACCUUCGCCACCCGAGAAAGUAUACAUCCGUGGACGACCAUAUCCGGUACCCGUCGAAAAAGAUGUUCCAGUUCCUGUCCCGGUUCCGUCUCCUCCACGUAUCGUUACAAUUCCUUCUCCAGUUCCGGUACCAGUUCCCUCACCACCGAAGUUCAUUCCAUUGCCGUAUCCAGUCAAUAGGCUUUUAGUGGUUCCUGGCCGCGACAGAAUUGUUCCUGUGCCGGUACCGGUUUCUAGGGACGUCGUUUACAGAGUGCCCAUAAUUUUAUACAUAUCACCCAUAUGUAAAUCACAACAACCCAACGUUCAGUUCACCCUGCCUGGAGAUUCAUGCCAUAUACACGUUUGCAAAGUCCGUUAUAACUACGUAUACGUGGAAACACAGAAUAUAUGUGUAAAUUUUGGACUGGACCAAGUUGGAGACCAUGCCAACGCAGUGGCAAAUGCUAACGUUCAUAGCGGAGGUCAUGGGGGAGUAGAUUACGCAAGCGCAACAGCAAAUGCUAACACUAUUAGUGGAGGUUUUGGAGGAGGAGAUUAUGCCAACGCAAUAGCAAAUGCUAACGCUAAUACUGGAAGUUAUGGAGGUGGAUUAGAGUAUGCUAACGCAUUAGCAAAUGCCAACGCUAAUAGUGGUAGUUACGGGGGAGGAGGAGAUUAUGCCAACGCAAUAGCAAAUGCUAACGCUAAUAGCGGAAGUUAUGGAGGUGGUGACUGGGCCAAUUCUGCAGCAUUAGCUAACGCCAACAGCGGAAGUUACGGAGGAGGCGACUGGGCAAAUGCUGCAGCAUUAGCUAACGCUAAUAGCGGAGGUUACGGAGGAGGCGACUGGGCAAAUGCCGCAGCAUUAGCUAACGCUAAUAGUGGAAGUCACGGGGUUGGAGGCGGUUACGCCAACGCAGCUGCACUUGCCAAUGCCAAUAGCGGAGGUUAUUUGGGAGGAACAGAUUAUGCUAAUGCAGCAGCUGUAGCUAACGCCAAUAGUGGAGGGUAUGGGGGUGGAGAUUAUGCCAACGCAGCAGCACUUGCCAAUGCCAAUAGCGGAAGUUACGGUGGAGGAGUAGAUUACGCCAAUGCAGCAGCGCUUGCCAACGCAAAUAGUGGCAGUUACGGGGGAGCAGGGGACUAUGCCAACGCAGCUGCAUUAGCUAGUUCAAAUAGCGGUGGAUACGGUGGCGGAGGGGGCUAUGCCAACGCAGCAGCCCUCUCUAAUGCCUAUACCGGUGGUUACGGAGGUUUAGGGGGAGAUUACAGCCAUGCAUUAGCAAAUGCCAAUGCAAACAGUGGAAGUUACGGAGUAGGUGGAGAUUGGGCUAACGCAGCAGCACUUGCUAACGCUAAUAGCGGCGGUUACAGAUCAGGUGCAGAUUGGGCUAAUGCAGCAGCACUUGCCAAUGCAAAUACCGGCGGUUACGGAGGAGGAGACUACGCCAAUGCAGCUGCAUUAGCAAACGCAAAUAGUGGAGGUUAUGGAGGCGCUGGAUAUGCCAACGCAGCCGCCCUUGCUAAUGCCAACAGUGGAGGAUACGGAGACUUCGGAGGAGAUUACAGCCAAGCAUUAGCUAAUGCUCAAGCAAAUACCGGAGGUUAUGGAGGAAGUGAUUGGUCCAAUGCUCUUGCAAAUGCUAACAGCAAUACCGGAGGUUAUGGAGGAAAAGAAUGGGCCAGUGCACUUGCAAAUGCUAACGCCAAUAGCGGAGGUUAUGGAAGAGGUGAUUGGGCCAAUGCACUUGCAAAUGCUAACAGCAACAGCGGAGGUUAUGGGGGAAGUGAUUGGGCCAAUGCACUUGCAAAUGCUAACAGCAAUAGCGGAGGUUAUGGAGGAAGUGAUUGGGCUAAUGCACUUGCAAAUGCCAACAGCAAUAGCGGUGGUUACGGAGGAAGUGAUUGGGCCAAUGCACUUGCAAAUGCCAACACUAAUAGCGGAGGUUAUGGAGGAAGUGAUUGGGCCAAUGCACUGGCAAAAGCUAAUGCCAAUAGUGGAGGUUAUGGAGGUAGUGAUUGGGCCAAUGCACUUGCAAACGCUAAUGCUAACAGCGGAAGUUUUGGAGGGCUCGGAAUUUUCCGAGACGGAGGGAGUGGUAGCGAGGCAGCGGCAAGUGGUCAGGCAAGUGCAGUCAGUUAUCCUGAAUGGUCGAGCGCAGUCGUAAAUGCAAAUUCAAUUUCCGCUGGAGAUCAUUCAAACUCUGCAGCAAAUUCUAACUCGGCUAGCGGAAGUCUAGGAGAUUGGUCAAAUGCGGCGGUAAGUGCUGUUUCAAAUACUGGAGAUUCCAAAGAUAAGAGUGAGGCAGCGGCAAGUGCUGCAGCAAACGCAAAUACUGCGGGUUAUGGGGGAUCCACCGCAACGGCAAAUGUUGCUGCAGUUAGCGUAGACAGAGAAGAGAGAAGGAAAAGAAGUGUCCCAGUAAGAAUGAAUUAACUCAAUCGUGUUAUUAUCGGUUCACUCCAUUGAUCUCGAAACGAAAACAAAGGAUUGCUACAAGGACUUAGCCAGAAUAGUUUUAGUAUUUAAGCUAGCAUAUCUGACAAUUUUGUACGCCUCAUACUUAUAAAUAAAUACAGUUUAGUGGGAUAACAAGCCAUUUCA